GUAAGCCGGUGAAGGUCGGACCGUGCGCUCCAAGGGAGAGGGCAGCCGCGCUCCCGUGUCUGGGGCUGGCCUCACUCACUCUCGGGGCGGGGAGACCAGCUGCUUGCGAGCUGCGCUGCCCUUUAACUGCUGUCGGGUCCCGGGUAAACUUGCCGAGGCCUAGUGAAGGGCGCUGCUUCGCCCAGUGUUGGGGGCAGCUCCUACCUGUUUGGUUCUGUCCCCUCCCCUUUCAUGUGAUCGGAAACACGGCGAGCAACUUAUGCCUUAGAUCAUAACUGCAAACUGCUCUCGGGAGUUUUUGCGGUUUGUAUUUCUUUAAAGUGCAGCUGGAAAAUUUACCAGCGUUAAUAUUUUGCCACUUGGCCGAGUGACGGAAUGGCCCCUUCCGCUCCCAUUUAAUAUGUUGUGAAAAUCUAAAAAGUUUUUCGCCGAGGGAAGUCAUGAGUGGAACAGUACUGCAGAUGUUGAAUGUCUGCAGUAAAACAAAUACUGUUAAAUGUUCAAGUUAAGCAACAUCCAUGAGACACACAUCAGGUCGAUGAUCCUUCAUCGAAUUUCAGAAAUGUUAGCAGAAGAGGAGUCGAACUAAAGGACAAGUCCAAAGGCGGAAGAGGUCAAUCGAGGUGACGGGGCCAAGUCAAAGAGAACGGUAUUUUUAACUAUGUAAUAUCCCUUUGGUAAAUAUGGAUAAAAAUAUUGGAGAGCAGCUCAACAAGGCUUUUGAUGCAUAUCGUCAGGUAUGUGUGGAGAGAGACACCAUCAAGAAAACAUUAGAACAACAGAUUUCUGCCUUAGAACAAAGUCUGGAAAAGAAACAAACUAUCAUUACAAAAUUACAGUCACAGGUUGCCUCUACCACCCCCAGAGGUAAUAUUCCUGGUCAAGUUCAGGCUCUGAACACUUUGCCACAAGUAACUGAGGGUGACUUGCUGAAAGGCAGAAGAAAUGAGGCACAGCAUCCUGCUGCAUCUGAAUCGCUGGAGGAUUUGAAAGUAGCAUUAGAACGGGAAAGAGUUUGCAAGGAAAACUUUUUAACCGUGAAGAACAGGUUAAUGGAACAGAUUAAGGAUUAUCAGCAAAAACAGACAGAACUUAAGAAUGACAUUGAAGAAAAAGACCGUCAACUGUGGCAGCUCAGGAAAGAAUUAAAGGAAUACACCGACUUACAACCCCACUGCAGGCCAGUCUUGGAGGUGAACUGGGAGUUGACUGAAUCACCAUUAAAGAAGGAUAUUCCUUUGACAGGGACAGAUCAUCAUGCAUUGUGCAAAGAGAGGAUGGAGUUUGCUUUUCAGGAAAUUUAUCAAGAAUUUAAGCACCUGUCUGCCUUGACAAAAAAACAAACAGAACUUCUCAGUAAAUAUAACUACAACAAAGAAGUAAUAAAUAUGCCUUUCUCAAUGCCUAUACAAUGCACAGAUGAAGGAGAGCAAGAACAUAUAGUUAAAACCAAUGUGAAGGAGGGAAGCAUAUCAAAGGACUUUGUUGCAUCACAAGGCUACAGAGUUCAACAGGGGCAGCUUCCAGUUGUUGAGUCAUUAUCUGAGUUAGAUAUCAAAUUCCCACCUUCAGGUAAUUACGAAUUCCUAAACAGUGCACCAGAAAAAUCAAAACUAAAGCUUCCUGUUGAAAUCCCUACUUGCGAUGUUGAAGAGGUGCUGUUGAAAGAUGAUAUCCAGGACUUGAGUAAGAAAUGCAAUAAAGAAGAAUGGACUUCAUUUGAAAUUUGCAAUGCGGGACCAAUUAAUGAAGAGUCCAACAACCUCUUCUGUGGUGAACAAGGGAAGUGUGCAAACAUUAAUAUUGAAAGAACCCCGUUUAGAAAUCCUUCAAGCCCUACUGUUCAUAAACCUUCAAAUCCUUUCCUAAAUGUUGAAGAAUCUACCAUUAAGCUUCCAACAACAGAGAUAAGAGGACCUCAGCAGCCUGUGUGGAGCCCUUACCACAAUAAAGAGGGUGAGUUGCUACAUCAAGCAUCCAAUGACUCUGACCUGGACCUACACUCCAAAAUCUGUGAAUUCUGUCAGGCAGUCUUCCCAGCAGGCACCAGAUCGAGGGAAAACUUCCUCAGGCAUCUUAAUUCACACUUUGAUCUUGCCGCUAAAAAUGGAUUUUAAUGCUUAUACAUUUCUACAGUUUGAGAUGAAGAAACCGUCCUGUGAACCUAACAUGUUUACAUGAUGUAUAAAAUAACUCUUGCUAGUGUAGAAUUAUAAAUUUCCAAAGAACAUCUUUUAAGGUUGGUACAGUAACAUAUUUUGGAAUUUUUGUCCUUGAAGGAACUUUUUACUUUGGAACAAUGUCUGAUUAUUUAUAACAGAACAUUCUGACAAGUUCAUCUGAAUUCAAUUGUCCUUCAGGGCCGUUGCUGUUUUGACAAGUGUCACGUAAUUGGAGUACACUAGUUGUAAAUUAUCCAAAUCAGCAUUUUAAAAAAUGACUCGUACAAAAUGAGGGAGAAAAAAGCUGGUGGCAUAAAUAAAAUUAAUUACUAGUUUUGUAGAUCUUUAUCUUUUAAAAAUAAAAGCUAUUGGAUUGUCUUUCUCUCAUUUUAUUUUUACUUUCAGUGUGACCAGCUGACCAAAAUAAACUUCAAAAUUUGUCCAGCCCUCGACAUAAGUCUUCAUCUUUUUAUUUCUCCAGUCUCUCUUGACUCAUCCUGUUUAUCAUCAUAUCCCUUGAAUAUAUUCCCACCAAAGUGUUACCAACCAGCCUACCUUCUUGGACUCCAUAUUAACUUAUAUUGCUCAUAGCUCUUCCUCCUUGGCUACUGAUUCAUUUCAUUCAAAACUGAUGUUUAUAUACUUCUCCUAAAAAGUCCACCUCCGCUCAAUUCCUUCAAUGUUUUGCAACCUUCCAGAUCCAUGCUCAUCCUACCACAACCGGAUGGUGACACCAUCCUUGAUCCUGUCUAAACCUUUAGACAGUUUUCUUUUUUGUUAAAUGUAUUCUUUUGGGUUUCUUUGUUUUGUGGCUGCCUGCAAGGAGACAAAUCUCACGGUUGUAUAAUGUGUACAUACUUUGAUAAUGUAUGUACUUUGAACUUUGAAUUAUUGUACAGAGGAGAUCAUUCAGAGCAUUGAUUCUUUGCUUGGUCUGAGCAGCAAUUCUGCAAGUUCCAGUUCCCUCUUUCCCCUUUAUAUUAUUUUCUUGUUGUCUCUCCAAUUCCCUUUUUAAAACACUCAUUAAUUUUGUUUCCACCAUCCUUACAAACAGUACUUUAUUCUAACUACUCAGUUUUACAAAAAAUAUUCCUUGCACCUUUUGUCCAAAGUCUUACACCUUUGCCCCACGUUUUUGAGCUAUCUACUAAUGUCUGUGGUAUCGCUGAGACUGUGUAGUUUCAAAAAUAUAAUUUCCUGACCUCUGCUACUUGAGUACUUCUGAGGCAUUGAGGCGUGUAUCCUCUGUUACCUCAAGACUGAACUGUUUCAAUAUAUAGUAGGUUUUAAUUGAUCUAAAACUUUGUGUUCCUCUUAAGCCGAUGCUUGUUGAGAUAGAUUGGAGUGCAGUUAUGCCAUGCCUUAAUUUCAAUAUUACCCUCUUUGAUUUAGGCCUUAAUUUGUCCAUCUCUGUAACUUCAUCCACUCUCAGGGAUAUUGAAAGCACCGGAUAUCUAACCUUUUAAUCACACCCCAAGUACCCCAUCUUCAAUAUUGGUUCUGGAAUUUCCUCAAACUAGCUGUCAAUUGCCUACAUCUUCCAUCUCUCCCCUUUUUGUAUACUGUACUCCUUAAAACCGGUCUCCUUAUACAAGUUCUGGUUAGCCCCUAUAAUAUCUCUCUGUAGCUCAACAUCAAUAAUGUUUAAUAUUGCUUCUGUGAAGUGUUUUUGAAAAAUUCUGUGAAGAGCUUUAGGAAAGCUUCAAGAAUGAAACUUGCUGUUCAAAUUUGACCAAUUUCAUAAUUUUUCACCUCAUGUCAACAUCAAACAUUUACCAUUCUUCAACAAAACGCCUUACUAUAACCUCCAAAAAUGAAUCUGUGUUGUUUUUCAAUCAUGACAAUUCCAGCAUUUGCUUGAAGUUGCCACUUUAAUGCCAGUUCAUUUAAAUGCCAAUUUAAAUUCCAGCAUUUGAAGUUACGAAUUUGUGAACAGUUGUGAAUGUGUAUGCUUGCUGACAUUUUAUAUCAUUGAGAGUCUUUAAAAUAAACUAUUAAAAAUGCUUUUUUUUGUAUUGUUCAAGGCUGUCGGUUAAGAUGAAUCAUGAGUUGCCCAAAAUUGUCUGAAAUUACAAAAUGUACUCCAUAUUAUAUGAAAAUGUUUCUCAUUUCUACCAUCCAAUGGCAAAAUAGUGAUAAUUUAGCCUUUUUUUUUAGGGUUCACUUGCCUUUUUAGAUGAGCCCAUCUGACCCAGCUUAAGUUGUCUCAGUAGUUACCGUAGUCACUUAAAAUACUAAUGCUCUCAGAACAGAGUUGAUCAAAGUGGAAUUGUUUAUCACCUUUUGUCAUCAAAGAUGAAAUAGAAUCCAGAAACACAGUAGCUGAGGCUAACAUUCACUGUUGGGGAGUAGAAUUCUAAGGAUAUUUUUCUACAAGCGGGCUUUGAAAAUUUUUAUUUCAAUUAUCAAGUGUACAGACAAAGUAUGAAAUUAAAUAUUUAAGUUUAUCACAAUUCAGGGAUGUAUUAUUGAAUCACAAUGAUCAAUACGGAUGAACCCCUCAUCAGUAUGUUAUUCUGGUAAAGAAACCAUUUUCUUGUUUCAUAAAUGAUGCAAGUCAAAACAGGUAUACAGUUCUAGUUUCUCAGUGUCUAAAUUAUGUCUUGUCUGUUUAUAUGGUUCUAUAUAAAUGUAUGAAUUCAGAGCAAAAAUACAGUCCCUCAGGCCUGCACUGACUUUUAUUAAAAUCAUGACUGACAUGAUAGUAUCGUCAACCGUGCAUUUCUGCCUAGCAUUUACAACUUGUUCAUUAGAGAGCUGUCUUCCUCUGUCUUAAAAUAUUCCAUGAAUUUACUUCCACUGCUCUUUCGAGGAAGAGAAUUCUGAAGACUUUUAACCUCCACACUGAAGAAUUGUUGCCACCUCUCUGUUUUAAAUGGAUGCCCCUUAUUUUUAAAAAGUAACAUCCAAAUGUAGAUUCUGCAGCUAGAGAGGAAACAUCUCCACAUCUAAUGCCAAGAACCCUCAAGAUCCUUUGUUUCAGUGGAAACCUCUCUGUUCCAAAUUUCACAUGAUACAAGCCUGACCUGUCCAACAUGCCCUUGCCCAUUCCAGGUAUUGGUCUUGGAAAACUUCUCCGAACUGUUCCUUGUGAGUUAACAGCUUUCCAAUGCAUUAAUAUCCUUCCCUUAGUAAAGUGAUGAGUACUGUCCAUAAUAUACCAGAUGUGGUCUCACUGAUACCUU